GCUGCUAAUGAACGUUUGACUGUUACAGAUGAUUUUCGACCCUACUAUGAGCAAGAAGAAGAAGAAAAAGAAGAAGCCCUUCAUGUUGGAUGAAGAAGGAGGGGAUACACAAGCAGAAGAGACUCAGCAAUCAGAAACAAAAGAAGUUGAACCAGAGCCAGCAGAGGACAAAGAUGUGGAAGCAGAUGAAGAAGACAGCAGGAAGAAAGAUGCAACAGAUGACCUGGAUGAUUUAAACUUCUUCAAUCAAAAGAAAAAGAAGAAAAAAGCAAAAAAGAUAUUUGAUAUAGAUGAAGCAGAAGAAGGCGUAAAGGACUUAAAAAUUGAGGGAGAUGUGCCAGAGGCAGUAGAACCCGAAGAUGACCUUGAUAUCAUGCUGGGCAAUAGAAAGAAGAAGAAGAAGUUUGUAAAGUUUCCAGAUGAAGAUGAAAUAAUGGAGAAGGAUGAAGCUUUUGAGGAUGAAGAUAGCAAAAAAGAUGACGGAAUUUCUUUUAGCCUUCAGUCAGGACCUGCGUGGGCAGGCUCAGAAAGGGACUACACAUAUGAUGAGUUGCUCAAUAGAGUAUUUAACAUCAUGCGGGAAAAGAAUCCAGAUAUGGUAGCUGGAGAAAAAAGAAAAUUUGUCAUGAAGCCUCCACAGGUUGUAAGAGUAGGGACCAAGAAAACAUCUUUUGUCAACUUUACAGAUAUCUGCAAAUUAUUACAUCGUCAGCCAAAACAUCUCCUGGCAUUUUUGUUGGCAGAAUUGGGUACAAGUGGCUCGAUAGAUGGUAACAACCAACUUGUAAUCAAAGGAAGAUUCCAGCAAAAACAGAUAGAAAACGUCUUGAGAAGAUAUAUCAAGGAGUAUGUCACCUGUCAUACGUGUCGGUCACCAGACACAAUUCUACAGAAGGACACCAGAUUAUAUUUCUUGCAGUGUGAGACCUGCCACUCUCGCUGCUCUGUCGCCAGCAUCAAAACUGGUUUCCAGGCUGUCACAGGCAAGAGAGCACAGCUCCGUGCCAAAGCUAACUAGUUGGCUAAUCAACACUGGAUUUUGCAAAGUGUUCUGGGGAGAUAUGACUGGACAGGUUUACAAUCAGAAUGGAUUUACCAUUAUAUUAAAACAAGAUUGUAAAAACUACAAGAAAUUUGGCUUUUGAUUGAUUGGUCUGUGAAAUCCUUGCAAGAUGCAGAUCCUCAAGCUGUUCACAUACAUUUGCUCAUUGAAUAUGUUUUACCAACUAUAAAGGAACGUGAUGGGAAAGGAGGUGCUUUUUAAUCCAUUCAGACUUCUGUAAAACAUGAGAUAAAUUAAAGAUACUAUAACAGUGAGUUUCUUUUGAUUUGAAUUUUUCCUUCAGUUUCCUCUGUAAACAGUUCAUGGGAAUGUUUGGUGUGUUGUUCUGCAGAUCAUGCAACUGAACUGUGUCCAAAGACCCAGAAUAAAGUUUUAAGAUAAAGGUUAUUUUGCUUCUGCAUAACAAGCUUAUUUUAGGGAGGUUAUCACUAAACAGAGAAAUCGGUUACAAAACAAGGAUAUCAUACCAACAUGAGAACUGCUCAUGCUGCUUUAGCCACGUUAGUAUAAGAAUGCAUUUUGCACAGAAAGUGGCAUCAGGACAUAUUGACACUGCUUAAUUAUGGAGAACAUAACUCUGAGGUAGUUCAGACACCAUACUGAUGCUGAAUUUUAACAUAGAAUUAAUAAACCAUACUGUAAACUUGCAUAGUAUCAUAGUACUAAAUUUUGCAGUUUCUUACAGAGAAGUUUUAUAUUUCUUAAUUCCUGUACUUUUCACCACUUUUAAAAAGAAUUAAUUAAAUCCAGCAAAAAAUGAAAAGGAUACAGGUGACAUCAUUAUGUGGUGGUUCUAAUGCACUGUCUUAUAUCAAUUUGGAAUUUACAGAAGAUGCUGCCAAGUAGUUUGAGUUCCACAUCAACACAUUGAUGCUUCUUGAUACAAAACGUGCACUUUCUACUAGCGGUCAGUAUCAGUAGUCUCUAGGGGACACGCAUAGUGCUGUCCUAACUAGCUUUUAAAGUGCUUUAGAACUUUUGUUCCAGCUGCAGAGUACGAAGAUGGACAUGGGGAGUGUACUCUCUCUGGAGUACUAUAUUGGGAGAGAGAAGAAAGUUUUCAUUUAAUCAGUCUCCAAAAUGGCCCAGGGUCAGCAUGAGGUGUAGUACCUUGGGAGCCAUGGCACCCAUCCCUGCAGGUAACCAGAGUAGCCUAUUCACAGGAGAAACUGGUGGUUGUUCGGAGCUUGCUUCAUCUAAUAUCAGAAACUGAUGGCUUUCUAUUGAAUUUUAAUCUCUAUUUGUAUGUCUGUUAAUACAGAACGUGGUUUUGCUGGGAAGUCACUUAUUUGCUAUUUGAAAACUUGACAGCACUGUAAGGUUAAAGUCAAGGUUUUAUAGUUGGUUUCUCUAAAGCAUUUUGAAUUUCAAGUGAGCUAUAACAAAUGUUGGAUGUAUCUUUUAAGUGAAUAAAGCCAGGAUCAGUGCCUCUUGUAACAUUA